UAGAGCCCUAAUAUUUUUUAUUUUCUUCCUUGAUCCGCAAGGAGGAGAUUCACGAGUAGGCAGCAAGCAAAGCGAUGGCGCUGCCGCGAACAAAAUGCAGCUGGGCGGGGGCGCCAUCCCUCUAUUCUUGCCAAAGCAAUGGGCAGGUCGGAGAUCGAAUUGCGAGUGGAGGACCACAGCAUCCGCCUCAAGCGGGAGAUUGUGAUCGAGAUUCCCAAGAAGGAGCUCAUCUCCAAGCUCUGCUCUUCCAUUAUCGGUCAGGCGCAUCGGGAUGAUUUUCUGCUGCUUUGUGACAAGCUGGAGCAAAUAAUCGCCUUGCAGUACCGCUCUAGACGAGAGAAUCUCACUGAUGUCUAUGAGCUCUUCAAUCCUCUUGGCAAUGUCAAGAAGCUGGAAAGCUUUUCUGAAUCCCAAGUCAAGGAAAGUCAGGAUAGAUUUCUCGAGCUUUUAUCCGACGCCAUGGACAAAAGUAACUUCAAGCCUUUGAGCGCGCAAGAGCUGAAAGUGGCCACCUCCAGUCAGUAUCUCUUCCAUUUGACCACGAAAAUCAAUCGGAAAAAGCUUGACGAUCAGUUCUUCAAGGACUCGAAAUAUCACGAUAUCAAUCCUGGCGGGGACUUAGGCUCCCUCUACGUAAUAUUUCGUCGAGGCAUUGGGAUAGAUAGAAAGAGCGGUCAGUUCUAUCAAGCAAAGAUUGAUUGCAUCCUUAAAUUUUUCUGGAACACCAUCAAACUCUAUGCUGUGAAAGCAUGGCGCUGGCUCUUGGGGAAGUCUGUUGCAGAAGAGUCUAAGAGUCGCGAGUCGGAACCUGCAAGUUCACUCUAUGGCAGGACGUCUGAGAACUUCAUAUGUGUGAAGCGAAUUCACGUGUCAAACUCGUUCCGAUUUAAGAAGUUUUUUCAGAAGCUCGAUCUGCAAGAGCCAACAUUUGAUCACAUGAUCAUAGUCUACAGGAAAGCCACAAGUUUGACCCAUACUUCCUGCCAUGGAGAGCGCGGCAUUCACAUAAGGCACUACAAGGGAAUUCCAAUGGCAGACAUGGAGCUUAUCCUGCCCGCUAAAAAGCAUCCAAAGCUCCCAUUUACGGACUGGAUCACACUUUUGGUGUUCUUCUUCAUUUCUCUAGUGGGGAUUCUAUCAGCCUUGCGGCAGCACAAUCCCAUGGGCCUGGUGAUCGGAAUGCUUGUAGUUUUUUUCAGUUAUGCCACAAAAGUUUAUCUAACGUUCACUAUGAAUGUUCUCGAGUACGAGAGGCUCAUCAACAAGCUCAUGGAGGAUAAACAGCUUGAUUGUGGACAUGGAACUCUCUUGUAUGUUAUGGAUGAGGCCAUCCAGCAAGAGGUGAAAGAGGCUAUUAUAGCGUACUAUGUUUUACUUAGGCAGCCUGACGAAAAGUGUCUUGACGAAGAGGAGCUGCAAGAUCAAUGCAAUAAUAUUCUCAUGGACACUUUCCAGAGUGGGACGAGUGAAUUCCAAGUCAAGGAUGCUGUUGGUAAGCUCCUGAGACUUGGGAUUGUGGAGGAAAGGGGAAAUCUUUUCAAGACCACACCUCCAAAAGACGCGAUCGAAAUUAUUCGUAAAAGAAUGAUAGAAAGCAUAUAAUAUCCUAUCAAAACUUUCAACAUUUAAAAUUAUAAAGUUGAGUUUCGCAUCA